GGAUGAAGAUGAGGAAGAAUAAAGCUUAUCAUUUGUGUCUGUUGUCGGUAGUAGUUUUUUCCAACUUGUCUAAAUCCGAAAUUUCGGACAAAGUUGAAUUGAUCAAGAGAUUCUUGAGUUGUAACAAAGCCAAAGAAGAAGAAAAAAAGGGGGGAACACGUCCACUAUAAAGAAAGUGCUUUCUUUAUAAAACAAACUAGGUGAAGAAGAAUAUUUUCCUUUUUCUUUAUGAACGCAUCGUAAAGAAGAUCAUGACUAAUUCAAAGACAGUGUUUUAUGUGAAUCGCUGUCACGCAUAAUGUGUCAUUUUCAAAAAUGGCUAUAAAUAAGCGAUCCUUUUUUUCUUUUUUUUUUUUCUUGUACCUUUCAUUUUCUUGUCAUGACUAAAUCACAAUUGCCUGAAUUCUAUGUUCGUAGAGUUACUUUGGAUGACUUGAAGUAUGCUGAACAAGCUACUGCUGUCUUCAAUGCAGCUUAUAGUUCAGACAAUGAGGGCUGGACCUCCAUUUCAAAAAUCAUUAAAGAUUAUGGUACUACCCGAGAAACAACAGAAGAUUACAUUCGACGAUCCGUCCAAGGACAAGUCGUACAAUUUUUUGCGUUCCAAAGAGACUCAGAAGGCAACGAUCAAGCCGUGGUGGGUUCAUUGGUCGUAGAAGACCCUUUGGUGGGUUUGGACCACAGCCAUUUUGCCUUAUCAGGAAAAGAGGGGCUCUUGGGACGUUUUUCUGUCAACCCCAAGUACCAAUCGAAAGGCAUUGGCCGGGUAUUGAUGGAGGCAGGUUUGACAGCCAUGAGAGAAACCGGUUACACAACAUGCUUAAUUCUUGUGUUUGAAAACCGAGAUACAGUGUUACGUUGGUAUGAAAAGCUUGGUUUUGUGGAUACUGGCAAGCGUGUGCCUUUUUCUAGAAGUCGAGGUUUUGAAAUGAUGCAAGAUGUUCGGUUCAAGUUGAUGACAAAAGACUUGUAAUCUCUAUAAACCUUUCGAUGGAUGUAGCCAUAGAUAGAACCUACUUUCCAAAUAAAGAAAUACGUGUCUUUUUAGAAACGCG